GGUUGAUUGACAGGUGGCGGCGGCAGCAGCAGCAGCAGCGGCGGGGGAUCAGCGCAGUGCUGUGAGGCUCAGUAACGGGGGAGAAGUAGAAAAUGUCUGAAGAAUUGAGACCUGACAUCAACAUCAAGGAGCCACAAUGGGACCAAGGCACCUUCAUGGGCCGAGCCAAGCACUUCUUCAUGGUGACUGACCCUCGAAACAUUGUGCUUUCGGCUGAAGCAUUGGCUAAAGCAAAGAGAACUGUAGAGAACUAUAGACAUGGCCUGGUGUCUCCAGGGCUGACUGAGGACGAACUCUGGCGAGCAAAAUACAUCUACGAUUCCGCCUUUCACCCAGACACGGGAGAGAAGAUGAUUCUGGUUGGUCGGAUGUCUGCACAGGUCCCCAUGAACAUGACCAUAACAGGCUGCAUGCUGACGUUUUACAGGACAACUCCAGCUGUUGUCUUCUGGCAAUGGGCCAACCAGUCCUUCAAUGCGAUCGUGAACUACACCAACAGGAGUGGAGACGCAUCAUCGACUGUGGGCCAGGUGGGCACUGCUUAUGUCAGUGCAACGACGUGUGCUGUGCUCACAGCUCUUGGCCUGAAGUCGCUCACAAAGCACCUGCCUGCCCUGAUCAGUCGCUUUGUGCCCUUCACUGCGGUGGCAGCCGCCAACUGCAUCAAUAUCCCCCUGAUGAGGCAAAGGGAGCUGCAGUUUGGGAUUCCGGUAACUGACGAGAACGGGAAUCGUCUGGGAGUUUCGACCAAGGCAGCGCAGCAGGCCAUCGUUCAGGUGGUGGUGUCUCGGAUUGGCAUGGCCAUGCCUGCCAUGGCAAUACCUCCAGUUAUCAUGAAUGCUUUGGAAAAGAGAGCCUUUUUGAAGCGAUUCCCCUGGAUGAACGCUCCUCUCCAGGUCGGGCUUGUGGGAUUCUGCUUGGUGUUUGCCACUCCAUUGUGCUGUGCCCUUUUCCCACAGAAAAGCUCUAUGAUGGUGUCCAGCCUCGAACCAGAACUUCAGGCUAAGCUUCGGGCGAGCAGUCCUGGUGUUGAGGUGGUGUAUUUCAACAAGGGCCUGUAGCCAAGGUUUUUGUUUCAAAAGACUUGAUCCCAACAGCCAUUGAUUCAACUCAACAUUUAGAAUGUAGCUUUUCUAUCAUAUCCGCCACGUACCUUUUGUAACUUGGUCCACACUCCUUUUGGUUAUCUUUACUGGGGAUUCCAUGAUGUGUUAACCUGGUUCAGUCGGUAGCACUCUCGCCACCGAAUCAGAGCUUAUGGGUUCGAGCCCAUGUUGAGACUUUGAGCUCAUACAGACUGGGCUAACACUGCAAGGCAGUGCUAGGGGGAGCGCAGCGUUGUCGGAGGUGCCCUCCUUCAUAUGAGAUGCUAAACCGGAGUCCUAUCUAUCCUGUCCAGAAACAGUAAAGAUCCCAUGGUGCUAUUCGAAAAGUG